UUGGUCAGGCACGCGUGCGCAUUUUCCUACCUUUUAUCCCCGCCGACUUACUCUGCUGUAUAUAUGACGUCACUAGUAUAGGUUGCGGCACUCUGCUUUCGGCUGCACUCGCAGUGAUCGAGGAAUCGUGACGUUGUCCAGAAAUUCAGGCAUAGUGAUUUAAUAAGUCAUCCGUAGGAUUCUCACCAUGUCGGAAUCCUUGGAGCAAAUGUCGAAAUCCGACACCAUGAGGUUGCGCGAGCGUUACAUCGGACAAUCGUGCAAGCUGUUUUACAAAUCGAGCCCGUUAAAAAUCGUGAAGGCUGAGGGGCAAUAUAUGUACGACGAGAAGGGUAAUCGUUAUCUAGACUGCAUAAACAACGUCGCGCAUGUCGGCCACUGCCAUCCGGACGUCGUGCAAGCCGGACAGCAGCAAAUGGCCCUGCUGGCCACGAACAGUCGUUUCCUGCACGACAAUCUGGUGAUAUGCGCGAGCCGGUUGGCGUCGACGCUGCCGGAACCGCUGUCCGUCUGCUUCCUGGUGAAUUCGGGCAGCGAGGCGAACGAUCUCGCUCUCCGGCUGGCUCAAGCGCACACGAAGAACCGGGACGUCAUCGCGCUCGAUCACGCUUAUCAUGGACACUUGACCACGACGAUGGAUAUCUCGCCGUACAAGUUCAACCAGUCGAAUGGUGCCAGCAAGAAGGACUGGGUGCACGUGGCUCCGUGUCCGGAUAUCUACCGCGGCAAGUAUCGCGCUACCGAUUACGCGGACGAAGACUUCGGCGUGAGAUAUGCCAAGGACGUGGAAGAAAUUUGCAAGGACAUCAAGGCGGCAGGACGCGGGUUGUGCGCGUACAUCGCGGAGAGCCUGAUAUCGGUCGGCGGGCAGAUUAUACCGCCGCAGAAUUACUUCCGGAACGCGUUCAGACACGUACGCGAGGCCGGAGGCGUUUGCAUCGCCGAUGAGGUCCAGGUCGGUUUCGGCAGGGUCGGCACUCACAUGUGGGCGUUUCAAAUUUACGGCGACGACGUGAUUCCGGACAUAGUCACCAUGGGCAAGCCGAUGGGCAACGGUUAUCCGGUCGCUGCUGUCGUCACCACGCCGGAAAUUGCGAGCAGUUUCCGCGACACUGGCGUCGAAUAUUUCAAUACGUAUGGCGGCAAUCCUGUAUCCUGCGCGGUGGCAAACGCGGUGAUGGAGGUGAUCGAACGCGACAAUCUUCUGGAUAACGCGUUGAAGGUCGGUGGUCAUCUGAUCGCCGAAAUGAAGAAACUGGCGGAACGGCGGAAGAUCAUCGGCGACGUGCGUGGCGUUGGGCUGUUCGUGGGCAUCGAGCUGGUCCGCGACAGGAUCAAGAGGAUACCGGCGACGGCAGAGGCGCAACACGUUGUUUCCAGGAUGAAGGAGAAGAAGAUUCUCAUCAGUAGCGAUGGUCCCGACAACAACGUCCUGAAGCUGAAACCGCCGAUGGUCUUCACCAUUGAAAACGUUAAUCAUCUCGUAUCCGUUCUCGAGGAAGUCCUCGAGGAAAUCGAUAUUGGUUUUGACGAGGAACCGGAACCUACUACGACUAUCAUCAAAGCGACGAUCUCUCCCUUAGAAGUCGACAGAGGCACGGUGGUUAGCAACGGAAACCCUCUACUCGUUCGUGCUAAUUAAUAAUAUUUAAAUGCAAUGAAUAUCUGGUUUUAAUAGUGUCAAACUUACAGUUGUUUUAAGUAAAAGUAUUAUUAUAAUUAAAAAUGAUUUGUUAUCAUUUAUGUAUUUGUUAUCUUUAAAAUAUUUUG